AUGGCGACAGCUGCGGCCGGGGAGGAGCUGGCAGUAACUGCCGAGCUCAGCCAAUUACGGCAUUGGGAACAGGAACAAGAUACACUAAAGAAGCGGAUGGUCGAACGCGACCAACACAAUGAGUGGACGUUGGAGAGUCUCAAGCGGGUGGGCGGUGUCGACAUCAGUUUUAUCAAGGGCGACAAUAUCAACGCCUGCGCGACCCUGGUGGUCCUCUCUUAUCCUGAUCUCCAGGUGCUGCACGAAGAAUCCAUGAUGGUGCAACUGACUGCGCCCUACAUUCCUGGCUUUUUGGCAUUCCGAGAGGUCGAUCAUCUGGUGACGUUGGUGCGCCGCCUAGAGGCAUCGCGCCCCGACCUGAUGCCCCAGCUUAUCAUGGUGGACGGCAAUGGCAAGCUGCACUACCGAGGCUUUGGCCUUGCCUGCCAUCUCGGAGUUCUUUUGGACCUACCAACGGUGGGGAUUGGCAAGAACAUCUUGGUUGUCGACAAUCUGGACAAGGAGAGUUUUCAUGCCAAGGAACGGGCAGAGCUGCAGCACCGUGGCGACUGGAUUCCGGUGGUUGGCGCAUCGCAAACAGUCUGGGGUGCGGCUGUGCGCUGCGUUGAAGCUGCCAUCAACCCUGUUUACGUCUCUGUUGGCCACCGCGUCAGUCUUGACACAGCCAUUAAGCUCGCCUUGGCCACAGCCAAGCAUAAGAUUCCCGAAGCCGUGCGCAUGGCUGAUCAGCUUUCCCGACUCUUCUUGCGUAAACGGGCCGGUACCCAAUGA